CUCAGAAAAUAUUUCAGCAGUCACCAUGGUUGUUGAAAGCACUAUGUAUACCCAUGGCACCUCUACUUCAGUGAGCGCUGGUACCACCAAUGAGAGGCAGAGUAACCCUCUUUCCAGUUCUGCGAGAGCGGCGGCUGCCCGCGAUCAGGUCUUGGAUUUAGUGUUGGAAAGUGACGGUGAUGGAGAAAAGAACGCUUGUUCUUCCAAAGAUCUUCGUGAGAAGGAAAAAGCACAAGAAAAAACGUCCCAUCCUCCCAACAGAGAAGGUCUUGACCAAACAGUAAAUAUUCAAAGCAGUACGAUUACCCAAAAACAAGUCUCUCAAAUGGUACUAGUCAAUGAUGAAGUGGAUGCCGCACUCGAUAAUUCCGCAAUGGAGAACGUUGAGGCUGGCAAGACCCAAAAGGAAACAACUGUGGAACCCACAUGUAGUACUAGCGUCAGCGGUGAACUACGUCCACCCACCACAACACUUCAAAGAGAUGGACGAAGUGGGACUCAUCAUUCCAGAAUGCAGCCAGGUGUUUACAGUGUCCAAAACAGUGAAGCCCAACGAGUCGAAUGGCGCAUGUCGCUAUCGGAUCAACCCAGUGGUACCGCAUUGACACUGAGCAGUCUCGGAAGUGGAAACAACAUUACACUGGACAUUAGAAACGCAGCAAGCCUCCCAACAGCCUUGCGAGUCUCCGAGACGGGAGCCCCUCCGGUGCUGGGCACAGCACAGGAAGUCAACAUGGGGCAGCUAGAGGCCUCCUUGGAUGCACGCAAUUGCAAGAGACGAAAAACGAUCUGCCAUAUUGCUCUAGGUGGCACCAUUUUGUUGGCAUUCAUUGUCCUGUUGGGGCUCAUUUUUGGCAUCGAUAAUGACAAUCAAGCGGAAUCAUCCUCCAGCGGCGAGGAAAUGCCCGCAACAGAAGCUCCGUCCAGGUCCCCCACAGCCUCUCCAACCAUUCUUGCCGAUACAUGGAAUGGACUCCCCGACAGUACACUCGAUGCCCUAGAAGACCCAGACUCUCCACAAGCCCUUGCCUACGAUUGGAUUCUAAGUGAUUCCAAUUUGACGUCAUAUCCUGCUUGGAAAGUCCUCCAGAGGUUUGCUUUGGCCGUGUUCUACUUUAGCACAGGAGGAGAAGACUGGAUUCUCAACACAGAUUGGCUUGGCUAUGACCUGGACGAAUGCUCCUGGUACUUCAAAAAGCUUGUUGGCAGUGUGCAGGAUACCUCAUUCCUCGGAGAGCAGCAUGAAGGGGCAUCCGCAGAGCUUCAAUUUGCCGACUCUGUCUGUAAUUCUGAUGGAAAAUACAAGUACUUGGUUUUUACAGAAAACAACAUGGAUGGGACCCUUCCACCUGAGAUUUCUCUUUUGAGUGAUUCCUUGCUGUAUUUGGAGGUUGGGUCCAAUGAAAACCUCUAUGGCUGGAUCCCAUCUGAAAUUGGGCUGCUGACCAACCUCCAAAAGUUCUAUGCCGAUCGAAAUCAACACUCUGGUCAACUUCCAACAGAGAUGGGGCAGCUCUCCAAUCUGCAGGAACUUGAAUUGGGGUACAAUCCCUUUACAGGCUCCUUACCCAGCGAAAUGGGCAACAUGGAAGCUCUGUACUUUCUGAGUGUCCGUCGAUGCUUCGAAAUGUCAGGGACACUACCAACAGAACUGUACAAACUGACCAACAUGGCCACAUUUUAUGUCCAUGGCUUGAAGAGUGUUACAGGUGGCAAACUGCUACCAGAGAUUGGCCGAAUGACAAAGUUGGAAAGUUUUGUGGCUCAUCACAUCCCAUUCAAUACUUCUAUCCUCACUGAGUUUGGUUUGCUCUCGGAUCUGUUUAUGCUCAACCUCUGGCAAUGCCACAUGACCGGAACAGUGCCCAGCGAGCUGUUCCUGUUGACCAAUUUGAAAAACCUAGACAUUGAUGACAACACCUUGACUGGCACGAUUGCAACAGAAUUUGGUCUCUUCCCAAAUAUGACCACAGCAUUGUUGAAUGGCAACUUCUUCACUGGGACACUGGCUGCCUGGGUCCAUUUUUGAGAACUGGCGACAACUAAGAGUACUCAAAAUCAACAACAACAAUCUGGAAGGCCCGCUCUCCACACAGCUAGGCUUUCUAACAAGUCUCAAGACUCUGAGACUGAGCCACAACAAAUUUUUUUCUGGCAGUAUUCCGUCGGAGCUUGGACUUUUGAACAGCACCCCAGAAGUGUUCCUUCAUGACACCAAUCUGUCUGGCAGGAUUCCGACAAGCCUGACCAAUAUGGCGGCAUUGGAGCACCUCACAUUGUCUAACACCUCACUAACCGGAUCUAUCCCAGAUGCCCUCUGUGAUAAAGUAUGGGACAUGACCACAACAUGCAAUGUGUACUUUGGGGGUCUUCACACACUCUGUAAUGAUAUUGAGAGGGUUAACUUUACAUGCUCUUCUACCAAUCUGUGUGGAUGUGAUGCAUGCGGAGUUUGCAACAAUGUCACUCAAGGGAAGUAAUACCAAUUCGUUCUUUGUGUUAUUAAAUCAGCGGGAGCUGCGAUACCUCGGCAGAAAGACAGAUAGAAGAAGGAGGAUCAGUGUUUGAGAUUGCACCCUUCUUUCAAGCUAGCCCUAGCAACAACACCCGACUACGUCGUGUGUUGCCGCCCGGUAUCAUUCCCUCAUUGUAACCUUCUUUUUUAUUAAGCUUGCCCUGGCGACAACACCCGACUACGUCGUGUGUUGCCGCCC